AUGAAAGACUCAAAAUUGACAAUAGACUGCUGCAAUUGCAAUGCAAUUUCACAAAAAACUGUAAAAAAUUUUCAACGUUUUCUGUAAAUGCUGCAGGUUUUUGUAACUUGCUGGAGAGCGCUCGAACACCCCUAUUGUAAGUAAUUGCUUCUUGUUUUUCAUUUUAUAAUAAUUUAUAAUAUUUUUUUAUUUAGAUCGGAAUGGAAUCUGAUGAGGACCAGGACCGAUCGCUUCCAAGAAUUUCUGCAACUUGAAAGGCAGUAAAUUUCAAUAAUUAUCUUCUUUAAAAUGAAACGUAUUAAAUAGCUAUUCUUUGUGCUUAUGUGAGUUCAUUUUGUUUCAGACUUCGUUUUUUCAGAGUUCUGAGUGAUGAAACAUUCCAAUAUACUUACAUCAGAAUUUUCAACGCACCAGAGCGAACUUAUAAUACAAUAUAUGUCAUUACAAGAGUUUGGUAUCAAUGAAUUAAGAGGAUCGUUUCUGAAAUUAGCCCAAAAUAACAAUGAGCAACAUGAACGUUUUAUCGAAUAUUCCCGCUUCACAUGCAGACAUCAUUCGUACUGCAAACUGGUGUUGUACAAAAGGUGAAGUAUUUCAGUGCAGGUUUACCUGGAUAAUUCACGAUUUCCUUUUAAACGAACCCAGGAUGCGUCCAAGUAAGCUACAAUCAUCUAGAUUUUCAGCUAGGGACGAUUCUUGCGAAUGGAUGUUGGACCUCAGAAUCCGUAAAGACUGUAGUAACUGGCUCGAUAUAACAGUAUCUUCUAACAGUGACAGCAGCCGGCAGGGAACUGCAGGACACGCGACUGUCUCACUCAUCGCUUCAUCAAAUAAGAAAUCGAAUACUCGUCGAGAGAACUUCUUAGAUGGAGGUGGAUGGAAUGGAAUUAAUUUCGAAAACUUCAUUGGAUAUAACACGUUAAUUGCUGAGAAGGACCAAUUAUUGCCGAACGGUGAGCUGAGAAUUUAUUGCAAACUUUCUUACAAUCGAGACGUAAUCAAUGUUUCGAAUCAUUCUGCGGCAUUCGUUAAAUCGAAUCCUAUGCCUGAUUUCGAAAAAUUGCUCAAUGAUGAAGAAACUUGCGAUGUUAUCAUCGACAUUAAUGGGAAAAAGUAUCCAGCCCAUAAAACUAUUCUGGCAGCUCGUAGUCCGGUAUUUAAGGCCAUGUUUAAGCACAAUAUGACAGAAAAUCAACGAAACUGCGUUGAAAUCAAGGAUAUCGAUGAGAAAAUCUUUGAAGAAGUGCUGCGUUAUAUUUAUACCGGAAAAGUUACCAAAUUGCAAGAUAUGGCUUUCGAACUGAUGCCUGUUGCUGAUAAAUAUAUUCUAAGCGAACUGAAAGACAUGUGCUUCAAUUCGAUGAAAGCAUUGCUAUCUUCGAAAACUGCUGUGAAAAUAUUUAAGUACGCUGAUUCGUAUAACUUACGAAGUUUGAAGAGAGCGGCUAUUACGUAUAUCCUAGCGAACUUGCAAAAAGUCCAGAAAUCAGACGACUGGAAUGAAAUAACCUCUCGUCCAGAUUUAAUGUUGAGUAUAUUAAAUCAUAGAGGUUGAAGUAUUACGAGAUCUUAUGCAAUUUUAAUGAAUGGCUUUCAACUUUUCAACUAUGUUUCUCAUUAAGUAAGUUAUUUUGGUGAUCGUCAAGUUAUUUUUCAAGUUUUCAUUAAUUUAAUGAUCCAUUUUUUUUCCAUCUCGUUUUAAUAUAAGUGAUAUA